AUGGUGAAAACCUGUCAAUUAGAAUCCAUACUGAGCUAUGGUUCGGAAGGAACAGUCUACUCUGGAAUAUGGCAUCGUACUCGUACAGCCAUUAAAGUUCUCAACAAUCAAUAUGCCCGCCGUGCAGAGAACGAAAUAAAACUAAUAAAUAGUUUAGAUCAUAGCAAUAUUAUUAAAUAUUAUGAUCUGGAAUAUGAACAAGGAACCGCUUAUUUGGUCAUGGAAUUUAUUACAGGUGGUAAUCUCUAUGAAUUCAUUGAAACAAAAUUUACAUCGACUUCCUAUUGGACAACUAUCGAACAAAUCUUGUGUGAUGUCGCUCGAGGAAUGAUCUAUCUUCAUGAGCAUCGUAUUGUUCAAAGUGAUUUAAAAAGUCAUAAUAUUCUCUUGCGAGACGGUACGCAUCAAGCAGUUAUCUGUGAUUUUGGUAUUGCAAGAUGUUUAGAUAAUGAUAAUCAAGAAAAGAAACGUACCAAUACGACUAAAGGAACCAUUCGAUGGAUGGCACCUGAACUUUGUAGUCCACCACCAGAGCCAUCCUCGUUUUCGUCGGAUGUAUGGAGUUAUGGUUGUAUCAUUUUGGAAACUACAAGUGCUCGACCAGCACAUUUACGUCAAUUACUCAUACAAUGCUGUGCCUGGUCAAAAUCUGAUCGUCCUACAUUUACUGAUAUUUUACGAAAACUGAACGGUAGCGAAGACAACAAUACUUCCAUCGAUGAAUAUGUAGAUUGUAUGUCUAUCGAUAGUCCUGUGACAAAUGAAGCAUCAUUCUUGGAGAACAAUGACGUAUUGACUCAUGAUGGCAGCAAAAAGAUUCUGUCUUCAAAUAAUCUUCAUAAAUCAAACACUCAUGGAGGACGUCUAACAGGAGAACUGUAUACAAGUAGAGGCUCGGCUAGUGGUCGACCGAUCUAUGAAGGUUCAAAAGGUGGUCGAUACUAUUUAACACAGAGUGGUUCGAAAGUCUAUUUACAUAAAUAA